GAAACGCAACCCCACACGCCCGCUCGCUCUCUCUCGCUUCCUCCGCCUUACCACCUCCGCCGAGCUGCCGGACUCCACCGCGCGACCGCCGCGUACGCCGGCGACCCCCCUCCCGGCGGCCGCCACCGCCCGGCUCCGUCGACGGCCUCGUGAGCUCUCGAGAAAGCCACGCCUACGGCCAAUAGCCGACCCAAUUGACCUCAACCGAGAUCCCCCAGCUGCUGUGGCUAUUUGCCGAAACUAAUGGCUGAAAGUUUGCCCGAAGAGAUUCUCAUCGACAUACUCUUGAGGGUUCCGGCCGAGUCGUUGGUGCGAUUUAAAUUGGUCUGCAAACGGUGGCGGUCUCUAAUCUCUGAGCCAGGCUUCGCCAAGUUGCAUCUGCAGAGGCUCAAGGCAGGGGAUUUAAUUCCUAGGCAGAGAAUUUUCAUCGGCGACGACGAGACCAUAGAUUUCAAAACCUUCGACGCCAAUGAGGGUUGUGUGGCGGUACCGCAUAAGAUUAAAACGAUCAAAUCUGACGGCAAUAACACCAAUUGGUGGCAGAUCAAGGGGUCCUGUGAUGGCCUGGUUUGUUUUCUUGUCUCUGGCAUUUUUCUCAUAUAUAACCCGACCACCAGGGAAUAUAGGGAGUUGCCCUUUUCCGAUUUCGAGGAAGAUUGUGAUUUGCUUGACCGUAACAAUGAGUCAUUCUAUGGAAUCGGAUAUGACCCUCGAUCUGAUGACUACAAAAUAGUAGAGGGCAUCCAAGAACUUUUUGAUCAUUUUUGGGGGGCGGCAAUAUUUUCGCUUAAGUCCGGUUCUUGGAGAAGGAUAUAUUUCCCGAGCGAAGAACUCGAAGAAAUCGGUUUCGAUGUUGGUGGCAACGGAGUUUAUUGGAAGGGGGCCUUACACUGGCACGUCUAUGGGUUAUGGGACGAGACUGGGAUUUUGUCACUUGAUUUGUCGGAAGAGAAAUUCCACCAGGUGCUUUUGGCUCCUAAAGUCGAAACGGAUGGACAAUCCCGGCCAUGCAUGAAUCUCGGGAUUCACGGGACUAGUCUGUUCAUAUAUAGCAGCUAUGGUAACCACGUCCACACAUGGAUAACAGAUGAGUAUGGGAGAGGAGGAUCAUGGACAAAAUGGUUCAGUGUUGAUUGGACAAAUUGGUUCAGUGUUAAUUGGACAAAUCGGUUCAGUGUUGAUCCGAAUGUUUCUAUCCCCCUUGUGUGCACAAGGAGCGGAAAAAUCAUUUUUUUGAUAAAUAGAGACCAGCUGAUUCUGUUCAAUCCGGAGGAUAAUACUUACAAAGAUUAUCCCUACAAAGAUUAUCCGUACAACGAUUUCUCCGUCGAAUAUGCUAUCUAUUUGGAAACUCUUAUUUCCCCCUAUCUAUUUUGACGGUGAGCCAUCAAGAAUCGGGAGCGUUAUCAAUUUUCUUAAUAGCUAAGGGUUCUAAAUUAUAUUAGUAUACGUUGCUAUGUAUAACGCUAUGUCAACAUGUCACAUUAUAUAAAUUUUUACACUAGAUUUUCUGCUUGUUUCCGAUUUA